CGGCUUGUUUCAUUGGCUGUCGCAGUUUGCACUUUGUUGCUACUUGCGUUGUUGAAAACAGCCGAAACUGCAAAGCAGCCUCCAGGUUUCAGCUGAAAGAUCUGCCUGGUGUUGUUAAGAAAGGUAGGUUGCGUAGAUUCAGCCGAAGAUCUCUGGAGACCAUGACCAACAAAAGAAUUGCUGUGAUUGGGGGAGGUGUGAGCGGGCUCACAUCUAUCAAGUGCUGCCUAGAAGAAGGCUUGGAGCCCAUCUGCUUUGAAAGGACUGAUGACAUCGGAGGGCUCUGGAGGUUCCAGGAAAAUCCUGAAGAAGGAAGGGCCAGUAUUUACAAAUCAGUGAUCAUCAACACUUCUAAGGAGAUGAUGUGCUUCAGUGACUAUCUCAUCCCAGACCAUUUUCCUAACUUCAUGCACAACUCCCAGGUCCUGGAAUAUAUCAGGAUGUAUGCCAAAGAAUUUGACCUUCUAAAGUAUAUCCAGUUGAAGACUACUGUGUGCAGUGUGAAAAAGCAACCUGAUUUCUCCACUUCAGGCCAAUGGGAAGUGGUCACAGAAUCUGAAGGGAAAAAGAAGGUGGAUGUCUUCGAUGGAGUCAUGGUUUGCACUGGUCAUCAUACCAAUGCUUACUUACCGCUGGAAAGCUUCCCUGGAAUUGAGAUGUUCAAAGGACAGUAUUUCCAUAGUCGAGACUAUAAAAAUCCAGAGAGUUUCACUGGAAAGAGAGUCAUUGUAAUUGGCAUUGGGAAUUCUGGAGGGGAUCUGGCUGUGGAGAUUAGCCAUGUAGCCAAACAGGUUUUCCUCAGCACCAGGAGAGGGGCUUGGAUCCUGAAUCGUGUGGCAGACCAUGGAUAUCCUUUUGAUGUGUUGUUCUUUUCUCGACUUAAACAUUUUUUGGUAAAGAUUUGUGGUCAAUCACUUACAAACACAUACUUGGAAAAAAAGAUGAACCAAAGGUUUAACCAUGAAAUGUAUGGCCUAAAGCCUAAACACAGAGCUCUGAGUCAACAUCCAACAGUCAAUGAUGACCUGCCAAAUCGUAUAAUUUCUGGCUCGGUGAAGGUGAAAGGAAAUGUGAAGGAAUUCACAGAGACAGCUGCCAUAUUUGAAGAUGGUUCCAGGGAGGAUGACAUUGAUGCUGUUAUCUUUGCCACGGGCUAUAGUUUUGCUUUUCCUUUUCUCGAAGAUUCUGUCAAAGUAGUAAAAAACAAGAUAUCUCUGUAUAAAAAGGUCUUCCCUCCUAACCUGGAAAAGCCAACUCUUGCAAUCAUAGGGUUGAUCCAGCCCUUGGGUGCCAUUAUGCCCAUUUCAGAGCUCCAAGGACGCUGGGUCACUCAAGUAUUUAAAGGGCUCAAAGCAUUACCUUCACAAAGUGAAAUGAAAAUAGAAAUAACUAAGGCUCAAGAGCAAAUUGAAAAAAGGUAUGUGGAGAGCCAACGCCAUACCAUUCAGGGAGAUUUUAUAGAUACCAUGGAAGAGCUUGCUGAUCUGGUGGGCGUCAAGCCCAAUCUGCUGUAUCUGGCCUUCACUGACCCCAAAUUGGCAUUACAGUUAUUAUUGGGACCCUGUACUCCAAUCCAAUAUCGUCUACAGGGCCCAGGAAAGUGGAAUGGGGCUCGAAAAGCUCUCCUUACCACAGAAGAUCGUAUCAGGAAGCCUCUGAUGACAAGAGCAAUUGCAAGCAGUAAUUCCACAACUUCAACAAUAACAAUGGCCAGAUGUGUGCUGGCUGUUGUUUUCUUUGCUGUAAUUAUAACUUACUUUUAGCUGUUCCAUUGUCCUUGCGUCAGUUUUCUUUGGGGAGCUGGAUUUAGAGAUGUCUUCAGAAUCUGAUAAGAUUGAACAACACCCAGUUUCCCAUGGUGCAGAAAUCUACUUUUAUAUCCCUUUCCAAAGCAUCUAUCCUCUUUCCUCUUUUCCCCACAAUGGAAUUCCAGCUUUUCAUUCAUAUGAACUUGUCUUCCUUCUUAUGGCCCAUUAUGUUUUCCUUUCAGCCAUCCCUAGACUGUGAGCUCAGUUACUUUCUUAGUCAUCUUUUCAUGUCCUUAACAGAGUUCUUGAUACAUGAUAGAUGCUUAAUAAAGUGUUUGUUGUUAUCAGCCCUGGCUAGUAUGGUUCAGUGGAUUGAGUGCCAACCUUCGACCUGAAGGGUUGCCAGUUCGAUUCCCAGUCACAGCACAUGCCUGGUUGUGGGCCAGGUCAACAGGGGGGCAUGCAUGAGAGGCAACCACACAUUGAUGUUUCUCUCCUUUUCUCUAAAAGUAAAUAAAUAAAAUCUUUGAAAUAAAAUGUUUGUUAUCAAAUAUUAUGGUGGGGAGCAUAAGUCAGCAUCUGUAUAAGAAAUGGGUAACUCCAUGUAACUCUGCCUCUGAUAGGGUUUGUUUUUCUGUUAGAAACUCAAUCUUAUAUUCGUUUUUAAUAUUGUAAUUAAAUGUAUGUUUCCUAAGGAAUAGUCUUAUAACAGUUGUAUAUACCUAAGAUAUGUAGAUAAUUAAACAUUUUGUCUCACUAGCUAUUCACUAGUGUAUCUGAUACCUGGUCAUUUUGACUCUUUUCCUCUCAGCUAAAGGUCUUUAUUAUCUUAAUGAAGAAACUACCUUUAAUUAUCUAAGCUUAUGGGUCAUUCUGGUAAUCUAGCAUUUGUCAGAAGGUUCAACUUUGUUGAAAAACUUGAGACUUCAAAUUAGUUGUCCUAUCUUUUCUGAUCUUUUAGUUUGCAUGUUAGAAUCUAACAAGACUUUACCUUAUGAAAUAUAAGUAGCUGCCUAUUGUUGUCAUGUGGCCUACAAAUGUGAUUUGAUUUGUCUCCCCCUACUCCUGUUUUCUCCACUCCAAUCCUUCCCACACAAAGUUUAAGUAGUAUUUGAAGAGGUCAUUUCUGUAUUAAAUUAGAAUUGAUAUUAACUAAAUAUAGGGGCAUUCAGAGGGAAGGGGAUGGGGAGGUAGUAAAGGAAAAGGUAAAGGGGGUCAAAUAUAUGGAGAGGGAAGAAGAUUUGCUUUGGUUUGUGGAUAUACAAUGCAAUAUAAAGAUGAUGUAUCAUAGAAUUACACACUUGAAACUAUAUGAUUUUAUUAACUAAUGUCACUCAAAUACAUUUAUUUAAAAAUAAAUAAAUAUAAGGGCAUUC